AUGAACGCGAUCCGACAAACUCAGCUCCUCAACAAGCGCGAACUCGAAAACGCAACGCCUCCCUCCGCUUCGUGGCACGCCGAUUACCGCGACACCGCGUGGAUCUACAUUGGCGGCCUACACCUGGACCUCACCGAAGGCGAUGUCUGCAUCGUCUUCUCGCAGUACGGAAACCCCACCCACCUCAAUCUGGUCCGCGACAAGGAGACCGGCAAAAGUAAAGGCUUUGGGUUCCUGAAGUACGAGGACCAGCGAAGUUGCGAUCUCGCCGUGGACAAUCUUGGGGGAGCGGACGUGCUGGGCCGGCUCUUGAGGGUCGACCAUACGAGAUACAAGAAGCGGGACGAUGAGGACGAGGAGACGUACCGUAUCGAGAGGUUGGAGGCUGAGCAGGAGGCCGAAGAGAGGAUGAAUUCCAACGGGAAGAGAGGGAGUGAUCGUAACAGUGAUACCGAGGAUGAUGUCGGUAGCGGCGACGCUCACGGUCACAAUCACAGGGGGAAACACAAGCGACGGCGCCUACUGAAGGAAGAGCAAGAAUUGCACGAGAUGCUGGCUAUCAGGCCGGACGGCGAGGAGGAAGAUCCUAUGCGAGAAUAUCUCAUCCGGGAGAAGAGGGAGGAGGUCGAGAGAGCGAAAGAACGAGAGAAUGGAAGAUGGGAGAAGAAGCAUCGACAUCGGCGUGACGAGGAUCGAGAACAAGGCAGGGAGAGCGAGGAGGACAGAGACCGUCGGCACAGUCACCGUCACAGGCAUCGAGACCGGGAUCAUGACGACCGCGAGAGCAAGAAUGGUCGACGGGACACUGAGAAUAGCGAGGAGAGGAGGAGGGAUCACCAUGAUGAUGAUAGACGCCGCAGGCACAACGAUGAAAGUCACCAUCGCAAUGGAGAUCGAGAGACGAGUAAGGAGCACCGUCACAGACGCCAUCGCACAGAUAGUAGGGAGAGGAGGUCCUCGCGGGAUCGAGAGACGAGCAGGGAGCACCGUCACAGACACCAUCAUACGGAUAGCAGGGAGAGGAGGUCCUCGCGGGACAGAGACCGCGAUCGAGAUCGUCCGUUAAGACGCCACGACAAUGAUUGA